AUGUCGUACCCCUCCCGUCGACGCUGCUCCUAUUCCGAGAGCAGUCGUCGCCCGUGUUCGUCCUUUGUACCGAAAGCGAUCGACCACGAGCCGACGUUGACGCUGUCGCAGGCCGUGCAGCAGCAGCAGCAGCAGCACGUGGACAGGUCGUACCUGCCCCUGAUGUUGAGCGGGCGGCGGGCGGCUGCGCUCGAGCAGCGGUCCAAGUCCGAGACGUUCAUCUGCACGGCAAAGGGCGUCGUGUUCCAGGACACCAAGUGCCAAAAGUACCAGAGCAAACUCAAUAGCCUCGUGGCGCUGGCCGCCGCCGACUCGUCGUCGAGCUCGUCGCAGAGCAACGUGCUCUUGGCCAAGAAGGCGCUUCGGUAUCGCAAAGUGCUCGAGCGCCACUGCUUCGUGGCAUGA